UCACACGCCCUGUAAUUCACACUUCCAAUCCUCUCCAAGCUAAUAUAAUCAGAAGGAAACAUACAGAGAUCAUCUAUGGCGAUCACCGCAACUGGCACGACGACCACCCGUGCCUUGUCCGGCGAUAUGACGAUCGAGGAAUUCCGUCAAUGGAUUCGACGCUUCGAUGUUAAUGGCGACGGCCGCAUCAGCCGAAAUGAGCUCCGCCAUGCCAUCCGUAGCAUCGGUGUUCGCUUCAGCGGAUGGCGUAGCAACCGCUGGAUACGUCAAGCCGAUGCUAACGGUGACGGAUUUAUCGACGUCGAAGGCGAGAUCGAUAACCUCCUCGACUAUGCAAAGUCCAACCUUGGCAUCAAUAUCGUUGCUUACUAAGUAAAUAACCAACUCCUUUGUUAAUUAUUCUCUCCUUUGCUUGAUAGCUAGGAGGGGAAAUUAGUUGAGGGGGCUUUUUAUUGGUAUGUGCUUUUGUUAAGUAUAUAUGUGUUUUAUUUUAAAGAAUUGUUGGUGAAUCGAGAUCUUCUACUCUAUUUAGAUCUGUAUAACAAGUCUAAGAGAGACAUAAAAAUAAAUACUAAAUAGAGUAUUAUAGUAGAUCUUGAUAAUAUAUAUAUGAAUUGUGAAUUUGUGCUGCUCAGGUAAUGAUUUGUUUGAUUUUAUACU